GGUGAGGCACAGAAAAUUUCUUCACUUGUCCGAACCUUCCAGGAGGCCUACAUUCGUCAGAAUCCGGAAAAGGCAGGUAUAGAGUUUCAUGAUCCGGAGACAAUUGAAACACUGGCCUAUUCCAUUUUGAUGCUCCAUACAGAUCUCUACAACCCAAAUGUAAACCGGCAUGGUCGUCGCAUGACGGUCGGUGACUUCAUCAAGAAUAAUCAGGAAAUCGACGGAGGAAGGGACCUCCCAAACGAAUGGUUGGUGAGCAUCUACUCGCGCAUUGAAGCUGAAGAAUUCAAGACUCUGCCUGAUCUGACGGAUAAAUUGCGCUACAUUGACCGCCUCCUCAAAGGACCGCUCAAACCAGAAACAUUCGUCCAAAGAUACAGAAGGCUCAUCGGUUGGACAUUUGCGCAAGAGCCCGACGAUAACAUAAUUGCUGGUAAGAAAAGGUAA